AUGGCCCGCCAGAAACUCCUGGAGAUUCUGUAUAAGAGAUACCCGGACAGUUCCAAUAUUCUCACCGGUAAAAGAGUUACCGAAGUCCGCCAACUGGACCGUGGUGCCUGCGUCAUCACAGAGGAUGGGUCAGUCUACAAGGGAGACCUCAUUGUUGGCGCCGACGGAGUUCAUAGUCGAAUCCGGUCCGAGAUGUGGCGAUUGGCAGAACACAUGCCAGGUCGAAUUGCACAGAAAGAGAAGAAGAGUAUGACGGCGCAAUAUGCAUGCUUGUUCGGCAUGUCGUCCCCCAUUCCGGGACUUGAAGCCGGAGAACAAGUCUAUGCCUUUCUCAAUGGACUUACAAUAGUGACUAGCCACGGCAAAAAUGGUCGAUUAUUCUGGUUCUUUAUUAAAAGGCUCGAUCGUAAAUACCUUUACCCGGACGUAGUUCGGUUUUCGAACGAAGAUGCAGCGCAAUUCUGCUGCCAGAUUGCAGAGGUGCAUGUUUGGAACGGCGUUUAUGUACGAGAUAUAUGGAGGAACCGCGAGGCUUAUUCAAUGACUGCUCUGGAAGAGUCAUUUUUCCGGACCUGGCAUUAUGGUCGAAUGGUGCUGCUCGGUGACAGUGUUCAUAAGAUGACGAUCAAUGCCGGGCAAGGAGCAAACAGUGCCAUUGAAGAUACAGCACUCCUGUCUUCUACUCUUCAUGACCUUAUCUAUUCGACCUCACCUCAGAUACCCUCAUACCUUCAGAUUAACCGUGCGCUCGAGAAGUACCAGGCAAGGGGACAUAAUCGUGUGAAAGACAUCUAUGACUGGUCUUGGUACAUUGCCCGUGUUCAUGCGCGCGAUGGUCUUCUAAAUACACUAAUCAGUCGCUAUUAUAUCCCUUAUCGAGUCAAUGUUCCUGCAGAUAUGAUCUCGGGAAUUAUUGCGGAUGCGGAGUCGAUACAGUUUCUUCCUCUGCCUGAGAGGUCCGGGCCAGGUUGGUCGAUGUAUAGCAGGAAGAGAAGUAUGGUUCUUCGUCUCAAAUGGCCGGUAUUGUUUGUGGUGGUACUGGUAGUGGGUUGGUGGUUUCGAGGACUAUAA